AAAAUAUAAUUAUUUCAUUUCCAUUCGUUGUUACGAUGUUCCAUAUUCAACUAGUAAACUUGUAUUUUAGGUAGUAAUAAUUUAAAAAUGUCAUUGUGUAAAAUAAUUUUAGGAAUAUUUACUUUCAUGUCUCUUCCCUUUUGUCAACAUUUCGAAAGAUCAUAUCCUCAAAUUUUCCCUCUCAAACUCAAUGUACCGCAACAAUCACAAAAAACCUAGUACCAUCUGUUUGUGAAAAUGCCUCAAAGAAGCUCCACAGAUCAAGAAAUGCCAACACCUACUCUCAGAAGAUCUCCGCGGCUUAAUGCCGCUGCUGCUGCUGCAGAAGUCAUCAAGAAACAGAUUGAGGUUUCAAAAAGCCCCACAAAAUCGACUGCCAGGUUGCGAAGAUCUUCAAGAUUGAGUAUUGGAACUCCGCAGAACAAUGGUGAGGUUAAGAAUUCAGAGAGAAGGGUAACUCGUGGUUCUGCUCGGGUUUGUGUCGCCAUUGACGAUUCAGUUGAGGAAAGAAAUGGGGUUGUUACUAGAAGUGGAAAAGCUCGUGUUUCUAUAUGUGUAUUGGGUGGUAGCAUAGAGAGUCCUGCCCCAUUGUCUGAAGUAGCGGGAUGUGGAGAGGACGAUGGCAAUGGCGGGUUGGGAAAGAAAGAGGCAGGCUUGAAGAGGAAGAGAACCCAAGGAAUGGAGGAGAAUCAUGUUGUUGUUAAUGGGUGGACCAAUGAACAAGAGUUGGCGUUGCAAAGUGCGUAUUUUGCGGCGAAGGCAACACCUAACUUCUGGAAGAAAGUUGCUAAGAUGGUGCCUGGGAAAUCAGCAAAGGAUUGUUUUGACAAGAUACAUUCGGAUUUUUUAACCCCACCUCAGCCUCAACCACGUUCAAGGGUUAAAAAGAUGAAUACAUUAUCUCUUUCUCCGUGUGCAACGAAAUUGCUUCAGUCCACUGAGAAAAACACAAACAAGCGGAGGCAUAGCAAGCCAAAGAACCAUCUUUCACGCAAGGCUGUGAGACAACUACUGGAAAAGCAAAGUGAUGCAGAUCGAGAUAAACGAGGAGACUUCUUCAAUGCUCUUGAAUCAUCAACAAAUCCAACUGAUGGGGCAUUUUGCCAGGAGGCAAUUUUUGUCACCCCAGAGCGCAACAAAGAAAGUUUGCUUAGAAAGUGCCUGGAGAGAUCGUCUUCAACCCAGAAAAAACACCGUUCUCGAUUAAGUGAUUCAUCUGGAGCAACUCUUACCAGCCCACCAGUUCUAAAGCCAAUUAAGAAUAAGGCCUUACAUGACAAGUAUGUUGAUCAGCUACAUUGCAGGGAAGCAAAGAGAAAGGCAGCCACUUCAAAGACAGCAAAGGGCAACCAAAACAAGAAUGAGAAUGUCAUAAAGCCGGAUGUUAUUAAAGCUGCGAAAAAUGCUCUAAUAUCUGAAGCAAGAGAUGCAAUCAACCAAUUUCAAAAUUUACAGACACGCGCCAUGAACAGUUUCAAUGAUGAUGAAGAUGAUGAUUAUUAUGAUGAGAACCAUAAUUCAGACGAUGACGAGGAUGCCAGAUAGAAUGUGGAGGACAUUGGCUUUUCGCCUGGUGAUGCUAAGCCACAUUGUGUUAGCCCAAAUUUCAGUAAGCAAACCCAAACUGUAUAACAGAGUUCUGAACCAAAUUUCUUGAUUUGGAGUUUUUGCAAUAAGGCCUGUUGUGUAUAGACAUGUGAAGUAGAAAAAAGUGGCCAAAAAUAGUAAAUUUUCUGCAGGGAGAAUAGUUUGUUACUUUGAUGAUAAAAAUGUUUGACAUUCAUAUUGUUCAAGUCGCUA